GAUCAUCCAACGGCCCCGAUAAAACCUAAAAAAACAUUUCCUCGUAAAACCGAUCCCCUCCUUGUUUACAGCCACCAAAGCAAAGAGAGAGAGAGAGAGAACGCGAGAGAGUAAGAAUCAAAAGAACAGGAAAAAAACAAGCGGAAGGAAGAUGAAGUUGUUCGAUCCAUGGCCCGUGUUCUUCAAGAGAGAGUUCAAGCGCACCUGGCCCUUCCUUGUUGGCUUCGCUGUAACCGGAACCGUUAUCACCAAGUUCUCCCUUGGUCUCACUGAGGAAGAUGCCAAGAAAUCGCCCUUCGUUCAGAAGCACAAGAGGUAA